UUGACUUCAUCUAAAAAGUCAGAUAUACACUUAUUAAAACUGGAUCUAUUUACUGAAAUGAACUUGACGCAUUUAAAAUAACAAAAGUUAGCUAAAUACUGGGUUGUGAAAUCAUCCAAUGACACAUCGACUUUUGCCGCCGCACCCCGCGCCAGCUCAUUUCAACUUGACAGCCUUCUCACAAAAUAUCUCUUUCAGCCUUUUCAAACAUCCACAUGAUCUAUUCUAGUGGGUUGUCAAGUCCCAGUUCGCCAAAACAUUCUGAUUUACCUUGGAAGCCCUUAUAAUGAAGCGAAAAUUUUCGCCGAGUACUUCUCUAUCUCCCAGUCAUGCCAAACGUUAUCCGACAGUGAGUUCCGAGCCCCAAAGAAAUGAUUUGCCAUCCGCAAAUCCCUAUACAGUCGGAUGGAUCUGUGCCCUGCAGGAAGAGUACGAAUGUGCGUGUCGAAUGCUCGAUGAGGAUUUCGCAAGCCCAGAUCUGGUGGAGAAUGGCGAUGACAACACAUAUGCCUAUGGCCGGAUCAAGGGCCAUUACGUGGUGAUUGGCUGUCUUCCAGCAGGCCGAUAUGGCUCCAAUUCCGCCAGCCGUGUUGCGCGAGAUAUGGUCCGGACCUUUCCAAACCUACGAUUCGCAUUAAUGGUUGGGAUUGGAGGCGGUGCGCCGACAGCGAGACAUGAUAUUAGACUUGGCGAUGUUGUUGUCAGCCAGCCCAAAGAUGAAUUCGGAGGUGUGAUACAAUAUGACCUUGGAAGAAGACUGCAGGAUGGUCAAUUCCAACGAACAGGUCACUUAAACGCGCCCCCUGACAAAUUACUUGGCGCUAUUCCUGAGAUUAAGAGACUUUACAACGACAAGCGGAAGCCAGACAGAAUCGCGGAACAUAUUCAGCGCAUGGAUGAUAUGGAAGAGUAUCAUCGGCCAAUGGUCGACCAGUUGUACCAGGCUGAUUACCUGCAUUCAGGUGGAUCGAGCUGUCAGCAAUGUGACUCAGGCUUUCUAGUCAAUCGUCCAGAGCGUCAACACCACCGCGUCAUUCGGAUUCACUAUGGAACUAUUGCAUCAGGCAAUACUGUUCUUAAAGACGCUGCUAUACGUGAAUUCUAUGCAAACAAUCCUGAUCAGGUGUUGUGUUUUGAGAUGGAAGCUGCAGGUCUAAUGAACAAUCUUCCAUGCCUUGUCAUUCGUGGAAUCUGCGACUAUUGUGACUCUCAUAAAAAUGAUGAUUGGCACAACUUUGCUGCGCUGAGUGCUGCUGCCUAUGCACGAGAAUUACUUUGUGUUCUGCCUGCACAAAAAGUGGAUCAAAUGCCGGCAUGGGCUGAACAGGUUACAAACCAAUUGCAACAAGAAAUACGCUAGACAUAAGAGAUGCACAGAGGUUAUUUCAGUCUCGAUUCGAUCAGACAGUUGGUUGGCAACAACUGAGGAUUGUUGAAGGAGCAGCAUUUGACUCUUUUGACAA